GACAGCAUGGCUGAUGUGACCUCAGAGCAGUAUUUUAUUGAAAGAUUCUCUGUAACCUGCAGCAAUCCGGUUUCCCAUCUUCAGUUGGCGUGCUGUCCUUCUCAUUGUGCCAUCCCAUGGAAGGACAAGAAUAUAAGGAUUUAUGAAAACAAAAACAACAACCUGGAGCCUCCCUUGGAACUGACCGGCCACCAUGGUGAUGUGUCUGCCAUGGUGUUUGGGACAGUAAGAGAUCGUCUCAUCCUCUGUAGUGCUUCUGAAGAUUAUGUUAUUGUCUGGGACAUCAAUCGCUGUUACAGACAAAUCAAAGACGGUGGAAUUGCUGCAGGUAGGGUUGUUGGCACGUUGCUCGGGAGGGUGGUUUAUCUGUCGCUGUGUCCAAUGAGUGCGAAAGUGGCAGUGUGCUCUGGCUCCAGGGUGGUUCUGCUGAAUGCUGAGAGAGAGGAAGUACUUGGAGUGCUGAAAGCUCAUCUUGGUCCUGUGACAGCAUCAGAGUUUUGUCCAUGGGAUGUUAAUCUUCUCAUCUCAAUUUCAGAGGACAGAACAUUUAAGAUAUGGGAUGUGAAGAAGGGGGAUAUCCUCUUUCAAUCUGCUGUCCUGUCAGCAUAUCCACUGUUAAGUCUGUCCUUCAUUGAGCAAAACGGUCAGUUCAUCACAGGAUCUGGUGAUGGACAGCUUUGGUGCUACACUCUCCCUGUGGACCAUAAAUGUCGCUUGGUGACAAAACUGGACCUUUCAAAACUUGAACAAAAGCAUGAGAGAAACCUCAGGAAGAUCAGCCCACCUCAAAGUAGAACAGAUGGAACAGCUCGGAGUGAUGAGAGAGGAGCAGUCGAGACGGCAAAGCCUGUACUCAGAAUUUGGGCACAGACACCAAAGAUUAGCCAUGCUAGCUUGCAACAGAGAGGAAGUUAUGUGUGGAUCGGAAGUUCAGAUGGGCUCUGUCUGCUUGACCUGGAUACUUCAGAGCUUCUCAGCUUUCUACCACUCAAAGGUGACCUGAGCAUUUCCAUAGCAGGCUCAUGGGUGAUCUCUGAAGGACUUGAUGGCAGCAUGUGUUGUCUGGUGUCCUCUCUGUUUGAGACUUCAGUCGUUCUUUUAGUGGUUAAUGGUGUCAGACUGGAUGAGCUCUGCUUAAGGAUGGCAAAGAGCUUUUCUGUGGAAGAGCAACUUUCAGUCAUGCCCAGUUCUCCACUGAUGACUACGUCCCCUCUGAAUGCUGAGCUGGCAAAACAGGGCCCAAAACCUCAAAGAAAAGGAGGUGUAAACUGUCAGAAGAGUGUGAAAGAUCAGGCUUUAGUGUUUCACACACAAGUGAAGUCAUCAGGAUACAGUACAGCUCCUCAUAGGACAAUGUUUAGACCAAAGACCAACGUAAAGAAGAAAAGCAGCUCCAUCACAAAAACUAGCACAACUGUGAACGGCCUGUUAUUAAGUGAGUAUCCAUCCCACUCUGAAGCACCAAGUGUGUCUUUUGCCCAUUUGAUGGUUUCUACAAUUCCAACUACGAUGAACGCUCUGCAGUACUCGGGAGAUGGAAAGCAGAUUGUGUGUGGUCUUGGGGAUGGAUCUGUUUUGUUGUAUAACUCUUCACUCACCGGCAACCCAGAUGUCUACACAGGGCACAGUAAGGCUGUAAACACUGUAUGCUGGAGUCACAGUAAGCGGUGGUUUUUGAGUACCUCCGAGGACCCCACCCUUUGCAUCUGGACCACAAGUGGUUCUGAACCUGUCUUGACCAUGAGAGAAGACCAGUUUGCAAAGCCCAUCAGAAGUGCUCAGUUUUAUUAUCUGGACAAGUUUUUACUGCUGGCGUCAGGAUCAAAUCUAAUGCUGUACCUUUAUCAUCUGGACAACACAAAAGAUGACAUCAAGAGGUAUAAGCAAAGAAGCAAGUUCAAACUGGCUGGCAAAUUCAGUAUGAAGUCAGGAACAGACAUCACUUCAAUAUCAGCGGUCAAUGACUUCUAUUCCUAUAUUGUCUUGGCUGCUGGCGCUGACCGCACCAUCCAGGUUUUUGAUAUGAACCGAGGCAGUUUGGUCACACAGAUUUCCGAUGCCCACUGUCGAGCUGUCCACCACCUCGCCCAGAAUCAGGGAUCCUCAUUCUGUACACAAGCUGUGGAAGGAUACAAUCUCUUCCUGAGCAGUGCCAUAAUGGAUGGUCUUAAACUGUGGGACCUGCGUACUGCAAGGUGUGUUCGCCGCUAUGAAAGUCAUGUUAACCGCUGUCUUCACUGCACUGCAGCCUUUUCACCAUGCGGUCGCUUCAUCGCUACUGGCUCAGAGGACCAUUCUGCUUAUAUAUAUGACACACGCAGCAGCAUCUUUCUCCAUAAACUCCAGAGACACUCUGAAACUGUCCUGAAUGUGGCUUUCAACCCUGCCAAACCAGAGCUGUUGACUGGAACACUCGAUGGAAAACUGGCUUUGUUUCAUCCGUCCGAAUGUCUUCUCCCUUAAGUGUGGGAUCUACUCCGACGGCUCAGUUCUCGGCGCUGCAGACUAAUGAAAGUCUUACAUCAGUCACAUUGAAAUCGCUCUGCUGGCUUGUCACCUCUGAGACCUACAUCAUGGACGGGAUCUGUGAUUUCACCAUUUCAGCCGCCACUGACAACCUACAGAUGUGACAACACGCUCACACCCUCAGCUGUCAAGCCAAAGACACACCCUGAGAGAGAAGUCCACUUAAACUCCUUUCCCAUGCACCAAUACACAUACACAAUAUGCAGGAUUAUUCCCUCUGUGAUUCAUUUUCAACUUUAAAAUUAUGAAUAUGAAUUUACCGGCCAUUUAUUAGGUAUUCCUGGGAUGCAAAUCUCUUAUCUGCCAAUCACAUGGCAGCAACUUAAAGAGAUAGUUCACCCAAAGCUGAAAAUUCUGUCAUCCUUUACUCAACCUUUAACUGUCACAAUCUUGUACCUUCAGUAGAACACAAAAGAAGUUACUUUGAAAAAUGUUGGAAACCUGUAACCAUUGAUUUCCAUAGUAUUUAUUUUUCCUGCUAUGGAAGGCAAUGGUUACAGGUUUUUAGCUUUCUUCAAAAUAUCUUCUUUUGUGUUCAGCAGAAGAAAGAGUUUCAUAAAGGUUUGGAACUACUUCAUUAUUUUUGGCUGAACUGUCCCUCUAAUGAAUUUAAGCUUACAGAAGUGAUCAAAUCAAACUGCUGAAGUUUAAACUGAGCAUCAGGAUGGAAAAGAAAGGUCAUUUUAAACAUGGUAAAUGUUGUUGGUGCUUGACAGACUGGUUGAGUAUUUCAGAAACUGCUGAUGGACAGUGAUUUAAACACACAACCUUUUUUAGGGUUUUGCAGAGAUUUAAAUGGUUAGUUCACCCAAAAAUUGUCACUUAAAAACAAAUCACAUAAAAAAUGUUCCUGUGUGUGGCUCACCCUCAAGGCAUUCUAAAUGUAAAUGAGUUUCUUUUUCUGGUCAAAACUAACCAGGAUUAUUUUUUACUAUUUUCUUUUUAAUGCUAAUGACUGGCUGAUUUAUAAGUCCAAUAAAGCACAUCCAUCCAUUCAUGAUAAAAAGUGCCUCACGGCUCUGGUGGUUGAAUAAGGGUGCAGAUAUCAAGAGUCAAAAUACACUGUUAAAAAUUAUAUAACAAAAAGUCAUGACAGCAAAUGUUUUUAUUUUAAAAAUGUAAAAAAAAUUUUUUUUUACAGUGUAGACAUUGUUUACAGUCAGCCAAGUGAAGGCCAUAGGUGCGCCAUUAUGUGUUGCGCACAAGUAUUUUUGUUACUCCUGGCAUGCACACUACUCUGGCAGGUUUGAGCAGUGAAACGGCGUCUUUUCAAAAUGCUGAAGAUCUCAUUUCAGUUUGGAAAUGGUGAUAAUCUCUUUCAGUACAGACAAACUGUCAGACAAAGAGUCAGGACUAUCCACAAUGACUCUCUGACUGGUCUUCUGAGCUAUUGCAUAUCAUUCUCUGAUUUGAUUUGUCAAGCCGCUCUCAUAUGACUAUUACCAAAGUCCGUUUAAGGCAAGUCAUUUCACUCGGCAGCCAUUUUUGAAACGCCUCUGGAUUGGUAUGCUUGGGUAUUCUGUCUGAAUGGGGAAACUCUCCAAAAACUGUUUGCCAAACUUAUGAUUACAUUACACAUUUAGAAUCACCAAUAAAAUCAAACAACAACGUCUCAUAAGUUUCGUUUCUAAACAUCUGGAUCAAACAAAAUCUGCAUAUUUUCAGGUUGCCUGAGCUACCGCGCAUGCGCACUUGAAAGGAACAAGAUCACGACACCAACCUCAUUUAUGGCCCCUCAACACAUUAUCAUCCUCUGGAUAAUGCUUCAUCAGAUCGUGCUGCUUCUCUGAAGUAAUUCACAACCUGUUCUUGAUGGUCAAUCUCCUCCAGAAAUAACAGCGACUCUUUGUUUACAAGUUUGUGGGCAUUUAAGUAACUGCUGUCAUGUGAUGUGCGCUUGACCGGACGGACUGUACCUUACGUAUGUUUCAUACAGAUUACAAAACCAAAAAUCUUUGGUUUUCAAGUGCACUUGGUUCAUUUAAAAUCACAGACUUCAAGCUUUAUGUAGAUAUAUUUCUUAUGACUGUGAAGCAAGUAUUCACUGAGAUUUUAGUGCGUUUGUUGACUGCCAAACUGUCGUAAAAACACACGUCUGAUCCGAUCUUCUCCCCCGAAAAAUGUCAGUCUAUAGCGAUCAAUGAUUGGCUUCUGUACUAGUAGGCGGGGUUUCAUUCGUCUCAUUGACCAUUACA